UUAUUGUGAUGCAAGAAGAAUAUACGAGGAAACCACAAUUUCCACCUUAAAUUACAUAAAUAAAAAGUAGAAUUAUGUUCAUUUUAUUUGGUCUUUUUUUAAUUUUGGGUUGUUUAUUGAGUAUGACUCUUUCAAGAUUAAAUCUUUAAUUUAUCCACAAUUAGGAUUUUCCCUGAUUUCAUUUGGGCUAAAUAAAAACCUGGCAUUUCAGUUGUUCCGAGCUUCUGGGUUAAUUCAGGUAACUCUUUUUCCAUUUUAUUCAAUAGCUGCGUUGCUUGAUUUUCAUUUUUGGGAAAGUUUCCCCCCUUUUUUCUGCUUGAUAAUGAUGUAGAUGUCGUUCCAAAAAUAGCAAGUCUUCUGCUAGUAGUGAUUUCAACUUCGAUACACUCUUCAGAAAUGGUGAUGAUGAAAUCCUUGACUUAGUUCUUGCAAAAAUCAGGUUUUGAAGUAUGAAUUUGGGGAUAUAAGUUGAAUAAUAGGUGUUUAGAAAUUGAUUUUUUUUGUUAAUAUAAUAAACCUAUACUAUAAUUAGAUUGAUUUUGAGGAAUGUGAUGGAGCUCACUAAUAUAAAUGGUGAGGGAGAAGUUGAAGAGAGUGAAGCAGAAAGGGGGAGUUUUAGGCAAAACCUAUUCCACCAAUCAAAUUACUCUGGUGUUGUGAGGAAAAAGGCCUACAUUUUUGAUGGGGAUGGGAAUUACUUCAACAAGGAAUGGGAUCUUGUGCAAGGCUCAGGCAAAGAGUUUUGUUGGUAUCAUGUUGAGCUCCCAAAGGGGAACCAUAAGCUCUCCCAGUUGGCUCAGCAUCUCAUCGAUGCCCUGUCCCCGCCCCUAAAGCUCCAGGACAUCCUCUCCCUCAUCAGCAACAGCCCAUUUUGUGGCCACGUUGACGGUGCUCUUGUGUUCAGAGUUAACUCUCCCGGCCCUGCCUCUAGCAAAUUCACCUUUAGGAUUGCAGCUAGGGUCACUGAGAAUUCAGUCAUCACGGUGUCGUUAGGGCGCGUGCCUAGGCUGGGAUUCUCCCCGACAAAUGAGUCUUUGCUGUCGGAAAUCCCAAUUGUAGAGAGUUCGAGUAAUGGAAGUAGGACUAGUGAAGGUAGGGAUAGAGGGGGGAUUGUGAUAAGGGAGCAUGUGCUGGAUUUUCUGCUGACUAUGAAUCAUUCGGAGGAAGCUGAUAAUCCUGUGCCUAAAUCUGUCGCGGAUCUUGUGGUGCACAUCAUCGAUACGCACGUGGAUCACCUUCAGGAUGUCGUGACCAAGCUUGAGAUUGAGCUGGAUGCGGUCGAGUUAGAGAUGGACAGAGGUGGUUUUGCUAUGAAGAAGCAAAUGUUAGACAGCCGAAGAUUCCCAAAAAUGAAUCUCGACUUGCAACGUCUAUUGCAGGUGAUCGCACACGGUGAACAAGUAUUUCCCCGGGUCAAGGAGAAGUGUUCGUCUAAAGAAUGGUUCAGCAGUGAAGACAUCAACGCGUUAGAAGAGUUGAUUGGUCGUAUAAGGAGAUUAAAAGAGAACGUUGGCUUCAUAGCCAACCGCGUCACUGCAAUUCAAGCAGGCCUAGACAGCUGGCAGUCCGAGCAAAUAAACCGAAAACUUUACUACCUAUCUUUCCUCUCCAUUAUAUUUCUCCCUCUGUCAAUAAUAACCGGAGUGUUCGGGAUGAAUGUGGGCGGAGUUCCUUGGACCGGACAGAGAGACCCCGCGCUAAAGGAUGGGUUUCGCAACGUGAUGAUGGUAUGUGCAGCGAUGCUUGCAGUGGUUCUCUUGUGCUUCGGUUUCCCGGCAUUGUACAGCCGUGCAAUUGCCUGGUGGAGAAGGCCGACUAUGCAACGAAGCUGGUCCCUCAACCGGAGGUCCUUCAUUAGGAGAGCCGGGAUGGAUGGAGGGAGAACAGACAGAGGGGGAUAUGUUCGACUUUAGGCUGGAGCGUGAUGAUCAUCGUACAUGCUAGAUAUGUUCGAUCUUCUCCCUCUUUUGAUCCGACAUCAUCUUGCCCGGGAUGGAUCGUUCUUGUACUUGAAUCGUUGAUCAUCUGCUAACUUUUACACACACGCACACACCACACACUAAUUUUGCUAGAUGUAGGCCAUUCUUGCAUUUCUUUUCUCCUUGUGGAUAUUGAUUUUUCUUGUACAGUAUCUUUUGUUUAAUUGAGAUGGAAAGUGUAGCAUGGUGUUUCUAAUUUAAAUAUAUUGACGAUUAAGGUGACAAGCCUUAUACUUUUCAACUAAUUGAAACAUUCAACUCA